AUAAACUAAGUUUACCAUUUUUCAUGUAAAUAAUUUUCUUUUGCUAAGCUCAUUAAUCAACGAAUGAAUAAAUAUAAAUGUGUGACAACAUUGUUUAAUAGUUACUGAUGCUGUAUCGCAAAGCCAUGAUUUGUUCAUUGUUAGCUGAAUAUUGUUUAAUGUUUCAGAAGAUAUAUUGGAAAAGAGUCUAAAGCCACACUCUUUUAUAAUGUGUUAAAGGAAAAAUUGAAUCUUAUUUGGAUUUACUCUUUCUAUUUUUGCUCUCUGGUCAUCUUUAUCUUUGGUUUAUCUACCUCAGUUCCAUUGUUACGUUAUUGAUUUCGUAAAUCUGCAAUAUCUUAAAAAAUUAUUAAGAUAUUAGCAUACAUGUUAAUCAUCAACUAUGCCUUUCUUGGAGUCCAUCAUCGUGAACAAUUUUUAACCCUGCGAUAUUCCUUCAAAUUGAAGCAGAAGCCUCUAGUAUUUUCAAAGAACAUGACCGCUCAUUUGUGAUCAAGGAUUGAACAGACUAAAAUGAAUGGUUUUAAGAAUUUAAGCAAAACUUUUCCCGAUUAUGGAACAUUGAUUACCUUUAUUACAUACAUUGGUCUCUUUGUAUUUCAAGGUAUUUUGCUGAAAGCAUCUCAAACAUCUAAUAACUAUGACUAUAGUACAAUUGCUGCUGUUCUAGUUACGGAACUAGUUAAAUUAAUUAUAUCAAUUCUAUGGUACCUUCAAGACAGUUCAAUCUCCAACUUUGCUGUUGAUCUUAAAUGCAAUAUUAAACUUCUUGGAUUAUAUUUCAUCCCAUCUAUACUUUACUGUAUAUAUAAUAACUUAAUGUAUAUAAAUCUUCGCAAUUUUGAUCCCACAACUUAUAACCUGUUAUUACAAUUAAGAGUAGUCAUCACUGGAAUUAUUUAUCAAUGUUUCUUUCGUCAAAAGCUAACCAAAUGGCAAUGGUUUUCGCUAAUUGUUUUAACUAUUGGCUGUGCCAUUAAAAACUUGGGAUCUCAAGAAGCUCCAAAGCAAUCCCAAUCAGCUGUUGAUUCUGUAAUCAAAAAUCUUCUUUUAUUGUUAUUUCAACUUUCAUGUUCAUGUCUUGCUGGAGUUUGCAACGAAUAUUUGCUUAAAAAAACUGGAGCUCAACUGAAUAUUGGAAUGCAUAAUAUUUUUAUGUACAUCGAUUCCAUAAUAUGUAAUAUUGGUGCUUUAGUCUAUUUUGGUCAAGGAUUUAAUAAUUCCAAAUCAAAGUACCCAACAGUCGAGUCAUUCAUUUCGCUCAUGAAGCCAACCGUAAUUACUGUGAUAAUCAAUAAUGCUGCUUGUGGUAUCGUCACAAGUAUUUUCUUGAAAAAACUCAACUCUAUUUUGAAAACAUUUGCGUCUGCUAUUGAACUGAUUCUUAUCGCCUGCCUUAGUUGGAUCAUAUUUUCCAUUCCAGUUGACAUCUACACUUCGGUCUCCAUCGUGAUUAUCUUCUAUGCAAUCUAUCUGCAAUUUAAACACCCAAUCAAACUCAAUUUAGGUGAUAACCAAAGUCGAUCUACGCCAUUUUCAAACCAAAAAACUCAUCGUCCUAAUAAUGACAAAAAUGUUAAAUAUUUUCCAUUAGAAAAUUACGAUGAUAACCAUGACAUUCUGUUUCAAAAAUCUAAAGAGACUAUUUCGAAUGUGUAAUUUAUGUAAUGUCCAAUGUAAUUAUAAAAUUACUUGUGGUUUUACAACUUUCAUCUUGUUUAAUAAACGCGUUCUUUGCAUUACAA